AUGGAUGAGAAUAUUGACGUGCCUCAGUAUUUCUUAUGUCCCAUAUCACUUCAGAUCAUGAAAGAUCCGGUAACCACCGUCACCGGCAUAACGUAUGACCGCGAAAGCAUCGAGCACUGGCUGUUGACGGCGGAGGACACCACCUGCCCCGCCACCAAUCAGCCUCUGCCAAGAGAUUCCGACUUGACCCCGAAUCACAUGCUCCGGCGGCUGAUCCAAGCAUGGUGCAUUGCCAAUGCUAAGAAUGGGAUUGAUCGAAUCCCAACCCCGAAAACUCCUCUCCACAGGUCUACAGUUCUUAAUCUCAUUCGGAAACUCAAGAAUCCUGUUAUGUAUGUAGAUUCCUUGAAGAAAAUGGAUGAACUUGCCAAUGAGAAUGAGAAGAACCGGAAGUGCAUGGCUGAGGCCGGAUCAGCCAAAGCAAUGGUUUCGUUCAUUUUGAAAUGUUUCAAAGAAGGUAAAAAUACCAGCCUUGAAGAAGCUCUGAGAAUUCUCCAUCUAACCUGGAAUCCUUGUAUCAACGAAAACCAGCAACUUGUAGAAGAUAACCUAGUUCUCGUGGAAGCAUUAAGGUGGAUCUUGAAGCGUACUAACCUAGAAAACAGUGUCAUCACGAAAACUCAGGCCCUUAUAGUAUUGAAAAAGGUCGUCGAAGUAGAAAUUCCGAGUUUGCUCGAAAGAUUAAACCCCGAUUUCAUCAAAGAAAUGGUAAAAAUCUUACAGUGCAAUAAACUCAAAACAUCACAACAGGCAGUAAAAUCUGUCUUGCAAAUCCUUAUACAUAUGUGUCAUGUGGGAACAAACCGAAUGAAAAUCAUCGAGGCAGGAACAGUUUUCGAGCUUGUUGAAGCUGAACUAAAUCAAUACCACGAGUCGAAGAAAAUUACCGAGCUUAUAUUCACACUUUUAGCACAUUUGUGUUCAUGUGCUGAUGGAAGGGCACAAUUCUUGAAACAUCCUGCCGGAAUUGCAAUGGUUUCCAAAAGAUUGCUGAGAAUUUCUCAUGCAACUGACGAUGGAGGGCUUCAUAUAUUUGCUUUGAUUUCGAAAUUUUCCGCUACACAUGAAGUUCUUCUAGAGAUGCUGAGAGUUGGAGGCGUGUCCAAGAUUUGCAUGGUGAUUCAAGCAGAUUGUGCAGAUGAUUUGAAGAAGAAAGCGAGGGAGAUUUUGAGGUUGCAUUUUAAUGUUUGGAGAAAUUCACCUUGUAUACAAGUUUAUCUUUUGACGUGGUAUGCUAGAUAG